GGACCUUACUCCUCAUUAAGCGCGAACGUUUUAUCAUACUUAACUAACCACUACGCCCUCAUCAUCGCAAAUACUUGCUCUAGAACAAAACAUAUAUACCUCCAUUUUCAAUUCUUCUACUACCCUCCUACUUAAUUGACCGGUAACCCAUCUCUCCACCCAAAACACCUCAUCCCGAACAUGCCACCCCAAACCCCCCUAUCAGCAACAUCCCCCAUCCAAUCCCUCUACCCAACUCUCAUCCGCCCAAUAAUUGCCCCAGAUUUCUACCAGCCACUCCUCGCCGACGCA